AUGAAACAAGAUAAAUAUCUUAAUAUGAUGUGCGAAUAUACGUACAUAAAUAAUCCAAAAAAUGAAAAAUCUAUUUGUCGUUUUAAAUAUGGAAUUUUUAAAAAUUUUAUUCAAACAAGAAGUGGAAAAAUGACUUCAUCAGGAGAAGGUUGGACAUGGUUAUGUUAUUAUUAUCCAUCGGGUGCUGAAGAUCCAAUAGAUGAUACAAUGAUUAAUAGAGCUAUUGAAGAUUUGGAAAAAGCAAAUUUAUCUAAAUUUCGUAUUUUACCAGAAUUGCAAUUUUUGAAUUUAACGGAAUUCUUAGAUAAUUCUUCACUGUCAUUAAAUAAAACGAAUCAAGAUUCAUUAAUACCUAUAUUUAUUCUUCUAUUGAUACUAAUUAUUGUUGGUGGUGGAAUAUUUUAUAUGUAUAAAAAAAAGUACCAAAUUGUAUUAAAAGAAUCUGAUGAUCCUGUCCUUGCACGAUCAUCUGUAGAAUCACAAAAUUCUAUUAUAUCGAAUGAGAGUUUGUUGAAUGAAAUUGUUUAAAUAAAGACUACUUGUUUUUUUUUUGUUUUUAUAAAUAAAAUAAAAAAAUAUGUAAAAUGAUGAAUAUAAAUAAUUUGAUAUUCGAAAACUGACAUAUUUUUUUUUCAAGAAAAAACCGCAAAUCUGUUUGAUUUAUAUGUUCAUUGAAAAAAUCAAUUUUACUGACAGAUAUUUUUCAAUAUCAUUCAACUAUAUUUCAGUCUUAUGAGUAUAUGGGAUUGUACAUGAAAUUUACUUUAUUCACAAAAUUUUGCUACUUGAAUGAAAGUGACUAUAUUAUAGUCAAGCCAUAUUUCACAUUGUUGACAGUAACCUUAAAUAAUUCGUUAACUACUAAGUCUUUGAUAAUAAAAUUAUAUCCAAUGAUAAGAACAUUUCUAUGUGAAAUAUUAAAUUCGUUAGACAAAAUAUUCGAAUUGACUUAUUCUUUUCUCGUAACUUGAUAGCGCGAAAGUUUUGAUACAAAAUAUUCACGUAUUUUUUUUGGACAGCUGGGUUAGAUCUAGAAGUAGUUAAUGACAGUCAGAAUUUUUCUCUCUUUGUGAAUAUGUGUUUAGAGUUUUCUUCUGACACAAGAUUGAACAACUAUCAUGAGAUUGUUUCAAAAUGUUUAAAAUAGUACUUGUACAGAAUAUUAUUUUAGUUAAUUUUAUAUUUCGAUUAAAACCUAUCAAAUUCAAAAGCAAAACAGUUAUUUUUAUGACUCAGUUUUGUAUCUACAAAAUGUGGUAUGUACUUUUGUAUGACAAAUUUUACAACUUGUGUAUUUUUAAAAGUAAUUCUUUUUUAUCAAUGCCAAUUUCCAUAGAAACUAGCUCUUUAGUGGAAAUGGAUAGAUAAGAUUUCACUUGUUGUAAUAUUUCAUUUUAUACAGAAUUCAACGCUCUAAAACAAUGUUGAGUCGAAGCUGUUCCGAGGCCUAAGACUAAGUUUUGCACAA